UGCGCGAAGGAUCGAUUUAGGGCAACUGCGCAUUCUCCAUACGGGUCCAGGGCCGAGCGGCUUGAAAUCUGAAAGCGACGUUACUCGCCGCUGAGCUAGCGGACGGAUCGUUUCGUGCGUGGGAUUAGCACCGAUUGCUUAUCGUGUCUCAAGUGUCAUUUCCAGGUGCAUCACAAAUACCGAUCGUGAUCAAACUUGCCAAUUUGAUUAAAGAGGUGGUGUUGAUCCUGUUCAACGUUCUCUUCAGGAUGUGGUGUGAUCCGCCUGGCGGGCGCAGGGCCCCGUUAGCCCUGCUAAUAACAGCGAUGAUGGCGUUUACGAAUGUAUUCGCUGAUGACGAAUCUAUGGGGCCGGUUUUUAUCAAGGAACCACCGAACCGAAUUGACUUUUCCAACGGCACUGGAGCUGUGGUCGAAUGUCAGGCUAGAGGAAACCCCCAACCGGAUAUUAUUUGGGUACGAACUUCUGAUGGAACAGCUGUCGGCGAUGUCCCUGGACUUAGACAAGUACUUCCCAAUGGAAAUUUGGUCUUUCCGCCGUUCAGAGCCGAAGAUUAUCGUCAAGAAGUACACGCUCAGGUUUACAGUUGCCUUGCUCGAUCUCCGGCAGGAUCGGUUCACAGUCGCGACGUUAAUGUCAGGGCCGUGGUAUCUCAGUAUUUCGAAGCACAAGUUUACGACGUGUUUGCUAUCCGUGGAAACGCAGCUAUAUUCAAAUGUCAGAUUCCCUCGUUUGUGGGCGAUCACGUUGACGUUGUUGGUUGGAUUGAUUCGAAUGGCGGAAGUUACGUUGCCGAGAAAGAAUCCGACGUGGUCGGGCAGCGGUACGCAGUGAAUGUGAUGGACGAACAUGUCCUUCGGGGGAAUGCGGCUAUUCUCAAGUGCCAUAUUCCAAGCUUUGUUGCUGAAUUCGUCGAGGUCGACUCUUGGGUACAAGAUGAAUCUACUAACAUAUACGCUAGGCCAGAUUAUGAUGGAAAAUACCUGGUGUUACCCUCGGGAGAAUUACAUAUCAAAGAUGUCGGGCCAGAAGAUGGUUACAAAACUUACCAAUGCAGAACAAAGCAUAGAUUGACCGGCGAAACUAGACUUUCGGCUACCAAAGGACGUUUGGUCAUUACUGAACCAACGAGCAAUGUUGCUCCACGCGUAGCUGGUGAACGUUACGAAGAACCAACAUCUAAUGUUGUUCCGAAAUCUCCAGGAAAGAAAUUCGAAAGAGAAUUACUUUCCGCAUCAAUGAAACAAACUGUGGCAUUAGGUUGUGCUCUUCAAGGAUUCCCUGUUCCUGUAACGAGAUGGUACAAAUUUAUUGAUGGAACCAGCCGCAGGCAUCCAGUUCAGUUGAACGAACGUGUUCGCCAAGUAAGCGGUACUUUGAUAAUUCGCGAAGCUCGUGUUGAUGACUCUGGAAAAUAUCUAUGCGUCGUGAACAACUCUGUUGGAGGAGAGAGUGUUGAAACUGUCCUUACUGUAACUGCACCUUUGGCAGCUGAAAUUGAACCUCGAACGCAAACUAUUGAUUUUGGAAGACCAGCUAAAUUUGUAUGUAACUUUGAGGGAAAUCCAAUCAAAACUAUCUCUUGGCUGAAAGAUGGAAAACCACUUCAAUUUGAAGAAUCCAUUCUCACAAUUGACGCAGUAAAGAAAGAGGACAAAGGAAUGUACCAAUGUUUUGUUAGAAAUGACCAGGAAAGUGCUCAGGCCACUGCUGAAUUGAAACUUGGAGGUCGCUUUGAACCACCACAAAUUCGACAAACCUUUCCUGAAGAAACUCUACAGCCUGGACCCAGCGUCUUUUUGAAAUGUGUUGCUAGUGGUAAUCCCACACCAGAAAUUACAUGGGAACUUGACGGAAAACGAUUAUCCAACACUGACAGACUCCAAGUUGGACAAUACGUCACUGUUAAUGGAGAUGUCUUCUCACAGCUGAAUAUUUCGAGCAUUCAUACGAACGAUGGAGGAAUGUACAAGUGUAUCGCUGCUUCUAAGGUCGGUUCAGCAGAACACUCUGCACGUUUGAAUGUCUAUGGUCUACCCUUCAUUCGUCACAUGGAUAAGAAAGCUAUCGUAGCCGGAGAGACGCUGCGUGUGACAUGUCCUGUUGCUGGCUACCCUAUCGAAACCAUAGUUUGGGAACGAGAUAGCAGAGUUCUACCAAUAAAUAGGAAGCAGAAGGUCUUCGCCAAUGGUACAUUGAUCAUCGAAAAUGUCGAACGAAUGAGCGACCAGGCGACAUAUACUUGCGUGGCAAGAAAUGCUCAGGGAUACAGUGCAAGAGGAACUCUAGAAGUACAAGUUAUGGUUGCUCCACAGAUUCAGCCACUCAUGUUUGCUGAAGAUUUUGUAAAUGCUGGCGAUAUGGUGAUAAUUCAAUGCAGCGUAGCUAAAGGCGAUCUUCCUAUACAAAUAAUUUGGACUUUGAACGAUUUACCAUUGGAUCCAACCGAUUCCAUGAUAACUGCAACAAUGUUCAACAGUAGAACUGGAAUACUUACUGUUGAAACAGCCAGUGGACGACAUGCUGGCAAAUAUGCCUGUCACGCAUCUAAUAAAGCAGGAUCUGCGCAACGUUUUGCUAACUUGGCAGUAAAUGUUGCACCUCACAUUGCACCUUUCACGGCUUCGGAGGAUAUAAACGCUGGAGAUAAUGUCCAACUAAUUUGCAACGUGGCUAAGGGUGAUCGUCCCUUGUCAAUUUCUUGGAAUUUUCAUGGAGAGCAGUUGUCCAGUUCAGCAAGUGGAAUAUCAACGAUGAAGAUUAGCAGUGGAAGUGCCAGCCUAUUGACGAUUGAAUCUGCUAAAGCAAUGCAUGCUGGGAAUUAUACGUGUACAGUAUCGAAUCCAGCUGGCACAGUGAGCUACACAACGACAUUGAAAGUCAACGUAAUCCCAAGACUGUUACCGUUUACGUUUGGUGACAAACCGCUCAACUCUGGUCAAGUAGUGACAGUACCUUGUGCAGUAAUAGAAGGCGAUCAGCCUUUGAAACUUCGUUGGACGUUAAAUGGGCAUUCUAUUUCACCGCAUUCUGGAGUUUCGAUUUUGGAUCUUGGUGGACGAGGUGCUAUAUUAAGCAUAGGAUCUGUCCAAGCAACACACGCCGGGUCAUACACGUGCAUAGCAGAAAAUUUUGCUGGACGACAUGAAUUAUCAGCAGAUCUCAUUGUCAAUGUGCCUCCUCGUUGGAUUCUUGAACCAACUGAUAAAGCAUUCGCUCAAGGUUCAGAUGCAAGAGUUGAGUGCAAAGCCGAUGGUUUUCCCAGGCCCCAAGUGACAUGGAAGCGGGCAGCUGGAGAAACACCUGGUGAUUAUAAGGAUUUGAAAUUGAGCAAUCCUGAUAUUAGCAUUGAGGAUGGCACUUUGUCAAUAAAUAAUAUUCAGAAAACGAAUGAAGGUUAUUACUUAUGCGAAGCCGUUAAUGGUAUUGGAGCUGGAUUGUCUGCCGUCAUUUUGAUCUCAGUCCAAGCCCCACCCCAAUUCGAGAUUAAGUUACGCAAUCAGACAGCUCGUCGAGGAGAACCUGCUGUACUACAAUGUGAAGCUCAAGGUGAAAAACCAAUUGGAAUUUUAUGGAAUAUGAAUAACAAGAGACUAGACCCGAAAAGCGAUGCUCGAUACACAAUUCGUGAAGAAAUUUUGGCCAAUGGAGUUUUGUCUGACUUGAGUAUUAAGAGGACUGAACGAACUGAUUCUGCACUAUUUACAUGCGUUGCAACAAAUGCUUUUGGAAGUGAUGAUACUAGCAUCAACAUGAUUGUACAAGAGGUCCCCGAAGUUCCAUAUGGAUUGAAAGUAUUGGAUAAGUCUGGCCGUUCAGUUCAGCUCUCAUGGGCAGCACCUUACGAUGGCAAUAGUCCUAUUAAACGUUAUCUUAUUGAAUACAAAAUUAGCAAGGGAUCCUGGGAGAAUGAUAUCGAUAAAGUCUUGGUACCUGGCUCUCAACAAAAUGUUGCUGGUGUCUUUAAUUUGAGACCUGCUACAACUUACCAUUUACGUAUCGUUGCUGAAAAUGAAAUCGGUGCUUCAGAUCCUUCUGAUACUGUCACUAUUAUUACUGCCGAAGAAGCUCCCUCGGGUCCACCAAGCUCAGUCAGAGUUGAUGCCCUUGACCAACACACCUUGAAGGUGACAUGGAAACCACCUCCACGUGAAGAUUGGAACGGUGAAAUUCUUGGCUACUAUGUUGGCUACAAGCUUUCGUCAGCUGACAAACCCUUCAUGUUUGAAACUGUUGAAUUUUCGAAGGAAGAUGGCAAGGAGCACCAUUUACAGAUAAUGAAUUUAAAAACGUAUACUCAAUACAGCGUGGUUGUACAAGCAUUCAACAAAGUUGGAGCUGGACCUAUGAGUGAAGAACGCAGACAGCACACAGCUGAAGGAGUCCCUGAGCAACCACCCCAUGACACCACUUGCACCACAUUGACUGCUCAAACUGUAAGAGUUUCAUGGGUAUCUCCUCCUCUGAGUGCAGCUAAUGGCGUAAUCACUGGAUACAAGGUAAUCUAUGGACCCUCUGACUCCUGGUAUGAUGAAAACUCCAAGGAUACUAAAAUAACAUCGUCUAGUGAAACUAUCUUGCACGGAUUAAAGAAAUAUACAAACUACAGCAUGCAUGUUCUCGCUUUCACGUCUGGAGGAGAUGGUGUUAAAUCUGCACCCAUUCACUGCCAAACUGAACAAGACGUUCCGGAAGCCCCAGUUGCCAUCAAAGCCCUGGUAAUGUCUGCCGAGUCAAUUCUCAUUUCAUGGCGCCCACCAAGCCAGCCAAAUGGCGUAAUCUCUCAAUACACUGUCUAUGCUAAAGCUGAAAAUCGUGAGGAACCAACCACCCAGAAAGUUUUGCCGAAUCAAUUAACUCAUGAAGCAACUGGUUUAGACAAACAAUAUAGAUACGAUUUUUGGGUUACUGCAAGUACGAAUAUAGGCGAAGGUCAAGCAUCUAAGAUUGUUACACUGUCUCCUAGCACCCGUGUACCUGCAAAAAUCGCUUCGUUCGAUGAUAAGUUUACUGCAACGUACAAGGAAGAUGUUAAACUGCCCUGCCUCGCCGUUGGUGUCCCUGCUCCUGAAGUAACAUGGAAAGUACGUGGAGCUACCUUGGAGCCCAGCGACAGAUUGAGACAAUUACCAGAAGGAUUUCUUUUUAUAAAAGAAGUGGAUAGAGCCGAUGCUGGAGAAUACGCUUGUUACGUUGAAAAUUCAUUCGGUCAUGACACUGUAACUCAUCAGCUAGUUGUUCAUGCUCCUCCUCAUUCUCCACAAGUCACGCUAACAGCAACCACUACAAACUCAUUGACAAUGAAGCUCAGACCUCAUCCCACAGAUAAUGCUCCCCUUCAGGGAUACACUAUUCACUACAAACCAGAAUUCGGAGAGUUGAAAACGGUCCAAGUGAGCUCAACUGCACAAAAAUAUACUCUAGAAAAUCUAUGGUGUGGUUCGAGAUAUCAAAUCUAUGUCACAGCUUAUAACGGUAUUGGAACUGGAGAUCGGUCAGAUAUUUUGAACACACGAACUAAGGGUUCAAAGCCAAUAAUACCUGAGGCUGCAAGAUUUAUUGAAGUGUCGACGAACAGUAUCACGCUGCAUUUGAGUGCUUGGUCCGAUGGAGGGUGUCCUAUGUUGUACUUUGUUGUUGAACACAAGAAGAAGCUUCAGCAGGAAUGGAAUCAAGUUUCUAACAACGUGAAACCAGGCGGUAAUUUCGUUGUCUUGGACCUAGAUCCUGCAAGCUGGUAUCAUCUGCGUGUAACUGCACACAACGAUGCUGGAUUUGCUGUUGCUGAAUACGAGUUUGCUACUCUCACUGUGACUGGUGGCACCAUUGCCCCGGCCCGCGAACUUCCCGAUGUUAAUGGUGGUGUUAGUGAUGAGGAUCCAAUGAAAAUACUAAUGGCAAACUUAAACCUCGUUGUACCGGUUGUUGCUGCUAUUCUGGUCAUAAUUGUUGCCGUUAUCGUGAUUUGUGUGCUUAAAGGCAAGGGGCAUGGCAAUGACAAGGAUGACGUUGUGUAUCAACAAACUGGAGUUGUUGGAGCUACUUUGGAUAAACGCAGGCCAGACCUUCGAGAUGAACUUGGUUACAUUGCUCCACCGAACCGCAAACUUCCACCUGUUCCUGGCUCGAAUUAUAACACUUGUGACCGUAUCAAGCGAGGUACAGUGAUAAGUGGGACAGGCUCUUUAAGGAGUCAUUCGACUUGGGAUCCGAGAAGAAAUAUGUACGAAGAAUUGACUCAUUGUGCGCCAAAUAGAAGAUGCCCACCACCUCCCCAUAUGGGCAGUGCUGAAGGGCUCUCGCAUAGAGGCAUGGAGGAUGAGAUCUGCCCGUAUGCCACCUUUCACCUAUUAGGUUUCCGUGAAGAAAUGGAUCCGAACAAAGCCAUGCAAUUCCAAACAUUCCCUCAUCCAGCCAAUGGACACUCUGGAACCAUGGGACCGCCUUCUAGUCAUCCUACUAAUGCAUCUGCCCACAGCAGAUCUGGAUCACAAUCUAUGCCUCGUCAAAAUGGCCGCUAUUCGCGCGUCCCAUCUCAAGGUGGUGGUCCCCACAACAUGUUUUCUCCUGAAUAUGAUGACCCAGCCAAUUGCGCUCCUGAAGAAGAUCAGUACGGUUCACAAUACGGUCAAUACGGCGCUCCUUACGAUCACUACGGAUCUCGUGGUUCUGUUGGCCGUCGCAGUGUUGGAUCAGCCCGAAACCUACCAAUGUCUGGUUCCCCCGAACCCCCACCACCACCACCAAGAAAUCAUGAUCCAAACAACUCGAGUUUCAAUGACAGCAAAGAAAGCAACGAGAUUAGCGAAGCAGAAUGCGACCGUGAUCAAAUAAUCAACCGCAACUACGGUGUGAAUGCUCGCAGCAAGGAUGGCAUGACCACCGAGGAGAUGCGAAAACUCAUAGAGAGGAAACCAAACGAAGCUACCGGCAGGCAAACCAGCGGCCCCCCCGGCAGUCACGGCGGACUCCUCACACCCUACGAUACUGUGGCAGUGUAACUUGUAAAUCUCCUACCCACACCUACGACCAUAGAAGAGUUGACAGCCUAUAUGCCAUGUAUGCGGCAUGUUCAUGAGUAUGUAAGCAAAUACCAAACAUACUACUUCCCCAGUGUUGUCAGUCCAAUUGCAACGACUUUAAAUUAUUGCCAUUGCGGUUAGCUAGAUUUGAUUAUCACAUAAGGAUUAAAUUACUAUAAUCUAAUGUAGAAAAUGAUGGCAAAUAUCUUGGAAAUUCUCUUUCGAAUAUAUUAUAAUGUGGAAUAUUACAUACAUGAUAAUUAUCAAAAUUACGCCAAAUUAUUGUAUUAAGCGAUUUAAUAGCAAUGCUGAAUUUUCGAUUAUAAACUUUCGAACUAUUUUAUGAGUAGCGAAGAAAAGACGUGUUAAAUCAUGUGCGGUGCAAACUAUCCAUCUGCUGGAAAAUGCAUAAAAGGAAGGUAAUCAAUGAUAUGCAUAGUUUUCCUGACAUUCAGGUAAAUCAUUGAACUUGAAGAAACAUGGGAUAAUUGUUUGCAUCUUAAUUUUAUUGAUUACUUGAGUAUUAUUUAUUGACAAAAGUUUUGAUUUGGAAUUAUACCAUGUUUUUAAAAUGGUCUUUCGUAAAAACUGCCAGAUUUUCAUACCUGUUGUCACAUCUGUGUACAUCGGAGUAGAAAUACCAAAAUUUUGUUAAAGUUUGAUGACAAGAAUUAAGAGGCAAGUUCAGAAAAUUAUGAUCUAACAGGAAAAUAAUUUGGCAACAAAGAAUGAAACUUAUGUUCGAUCAAAAGUUCGUAAAGUCUUGAACAUUUUAUGAAUCAACUACUCUAUCGAAUCUAACAUGUCAUUGAUGGUAAAGGGGAUCCUGACAGAAGUCGAUAAUCACCAAACGGCAAAAGACGAAGAAAUAACAUGUCAUUUCUUCAAUAUUUGAAAGCCUGCAAGUUUUAAAGUUGACAGGGAAAUCUAGUUUCUCGUUUUGAGUCAAGGUUGUGCCACACUGCCGCAUGUUGGCAAACAAUUUAUAAUUUCGUAACGAAGGUUGUGUCUCCAAUGAUUGAUGAUAAUUUUAACGACAGACAAAGCAGGGGCGAUGUAUCUGUACGCAUCAACUAUUGUAAUUAUUAUCAUUGCAUUACCUAAUUUUCCUAAUGAUUGCAUAUAUUUUCAAACUGAUUAAUUACAAUUGAAAAGAAAUCUAUUUGAUCGCUGAAGAACCUACUAUUAUAUUGGUAACCAUCCUAUUUAAUCUACAACCCAUAACUAUUAUAACAUAAUGCUAUAAUUAAUUUCACUUCAAUGAUUGAUGAUAUUAAAAGCGUACGUGAUUAAUUAAUGAUUAAACUUAUAAUAGAUAGGUUUUAAGUAGGACAGAUGGUCGCGAGGUGGUACUAUUAUCAGUAAGAAUGGUACGAAUCUCAUAGUAUAUAAUACUGGUUUUUAUCAUACUACUAUCCCUAGGUAUUGUAGGUGUCUUGUUUACGUUGGUGUAGGACUUGUCCAAUGCGAGUUUUCAUAAAAGGUGAGGGGAAGACUUUUACAUAAUAAAGCAUUAUAAUCUAGCGCGCCACUUUGUAUGAGAAGUUUUCCCACUCACCAAUAGUAGAAAUUCUCAAUUUGGCUGAGUCUAACAAUGCUUUACUCAUUGAUGUGAUUUAAUCGCUGCGCAAAUUUUUGUGUAUCGUGUAUGUGUUGGAUAUUGCACAACCGAAUAGUGUUAAUACUUAAACUAUAAUAUGAUAUACUAACUAACAUGCAAAAGCUUGUCGCUUAUCACAUUUAAAAGUUUAAUCCUAAAUAUGAAUAACCACAAUACUAUGAUACAAUGGUAACGAAGUAACAUUUUAGAUAUGGAAAUGUUACAAAAAUAUAAAUACGUAUAUUACAUAACGUCUAGCUGUGUUACUGGAUAAGUUUUGUUUAGUUGUCGAUAUUAUAAGCCUAUGGAUUAAAAUUAUAAUAUUAAGAUACAGUCACUCAUAUAGCUUAGUUUAAGCUGCUUAGUGCUUCGGUGCACAUUUUCCGAGAGGUAAAAACUGGUGUACGAUUUUGAAUGUUGAAUUUUUUGUGUAAUAUAAUGAUUAUUAACAGCUACGACUUUGAUUUGCGCAGAGGUUUUGUAUGUGCUUGCAUAUUGGAGACUUUCGUUAUCGCCAGUUACAUAUAUUCUAUGCUCUUUUUCAAUCCUCAUAUAAUUAUUACACAAUUUCCUAUAGGAUUUAAUACACAGCAAAACUGAGGUACUGAUGUUUUUCACAUUUCUAGUUAUUCGAAACUCCGAUCAGAACAAUUACCGUCUCUCCAGUGCCACUCUUUUAUGUUUUUGUACCAAAGUUGUAGUAUCUAAUUUUACGUUGAAUAAAUAAUACAUGAAAACAA